AUGCAUCAUCCUGCAUUUCAUAGUCUCAAAUCAAAGUCUCACACAAACUUCCUUUUCCAGAGAAAAAGAGUCAACUCGUUUCAUAAGGUGGCCCCACGUAUCAUCUACAAGUCAACCCGUACUCACUACACUCGAGCAAACGUAAAGAAGAAGAUGGAUUAUCUUGAGCAGGAAAAUCGGGUACUUCGUGAAGAAAUGACAGCCAUGCAGACUAGGAUGGACGAGAUGGCUGAAUUAAUAAAAACAAUGGCAGAAACUCAGACUCAAGCUCAAGCACAGAUUCAAGCACAAGCGCAAGCAUCGGCACAAGCGCAAACUCAAGCUCAGGCCGUAACAGAAGCGCAGGCCCGAUCACAAGCACCUCCACCCCCUCCUCCUAUCAGAACUCAGGCCGAGGCAUCUUCUUCUUGGACGCUAUGUGCUGACACUCCAACGCAGUCCGCUCCGCAACGUUCCGCGCCUUGGUUUCCACCUUUCACUGCUGGGGAGAUAUUUCGUCCUAUCACUUGUGAAGCUCAGAUGCCCACUCACCAGUACACGGCUCAAGUACCCCUACCUGCCAUGAGGGUCACUCCAGCCACCAUGACCUACUCAGCACCUGUGAUACAUACAGUCCCGCAAACUGAAGAACCUAUUUUUCAUUCAGGGAAUGUAGAGGCUUACGAGGAAGUAAACGACUUACGAGAAAAGUAUGAUGAACUACGCCGAGACAUGAAAGCCCUCCGUGAAAAAGGGAAAUUUGGGAAGACUGCGUACGAUCUCUGUUUGGUACCGAGUGUGCAGGUGCCUCACAAAUUCAAGAUUCCAGACUUCGAGAAAUACAAAGGGAGUUCUUGCCUUGAGGAACAUCUAAAAAUGUAUGUGAGAAGGAUGCCUGCGUAUGCCCAAGAUGAUCAGAUUCUUAUUUACUACUUCCAAGAAAGCUUGACCGGCCCUGCUUCAAAGUGGUACACAAACCUAGACAAAACAAGGGUUCAAACUUUCCGUGACCUUUGCGAAGCUUUCGUGGAACAAUACAGUUACAAUGUAGACAUGACUCCGGACCGAAGUGAUCUCCAAGCUAUGACUCAGGGAGAUAAAGAGACGUUCAAAGAGUAUGCCCAACGGUGGAGAGACACCGCUGCACAAGUCAGCCCACGAAUUGAGGAGAAAGAGAUGACCAAGCUCUUCCUAAAAACUUUGAAUCAUUUUUAUUACAAAAAGAUGGUCGGGAGUACUCCAAAGAGCUUCGCGGAGAUGGUUGGUAUGGGAGUACAGUUAGAAGAAGGAGUCCGAGAAGGACGCUUAGUAAAGAAUACAACUCCUGCCAGUGGGACCAAGAAGACCGGGAACCAUUUCCCGAGGAAGAAAGAACAAGAAGUCAGUAUGGUGACUCAUGGAGGGCCUCAACAAACUUAUCCAGCCUAUCAACACAUUGCUGCCAUCACACCCACCUCUCACCCUUUUCAACAAACAAAUAACCAUCCUCAAAUACCACAAUAUCCUCAAAUACCACAAUAUCCUCAAUUCCCACAAAAUCCUUCACCACAAAAUGUCCAACAACAAAAUUUCCAACAACAACCAUACCAACAGCAACCAUACCAACAAUACCCAUAUCAACAAUACCCUCAACAAAGUUUCCAACAACAACCUUAUCAACAACGCCCACAACAACCUCGACCACCAAGAAUGCCGAUUAACCCAAUACCAGUCACCUAUGCAGAAUUACUUCCCGGCUUACUCAAGAAAAACCUUGUCCAAACUAGAACAGCUCCUCCUAUCCCAGAAAAACUACCAUCUUGUGCAGAGGUUGAUCAAUGA